AUGUCGAAAUGGUACAUUGCACUGGCCGGACUCGAUACCACCGGCGUGCUGCUGGGACCGAUGCGAGCUGGAGACUGGCAUCGUCCACUUCGAACGAGAAGAAGUUGUGCGAGUGAAAUGGAGCAGCGAUUGUGGCAGAAUUCACCAUCACUCCUUCAUCAGAUUAUGCGGCUUGUAGAGUCUACAAAUUGUAUUCUAGCCAAGUCCAUCGCUUGA